UGUCAUUUAUCGAAUCAAUAUAUAUAAAUAGUUCUAGAGAAUCAGAAUAGUCAUUCUUCAGUUUUCAUUUAUUCAGAAGAAAUGUUUCAUUUAAUACGCAGUUUUCUAGUUCUUUUUAUUGUAUUCAAGUUUUCGAUUGCUCAAGAAUGUUCAAGUCAAGCAGUUUCCUUUGACGCAACAAAUACUUCAUUCAAUAUUUUGUCGGAUCCAAAUGAUUUAGCAUCUAAAAACUGCAAAUAUACAUUCACUGUUCCAAAAUAUUUUGUUCCUUCAAUUUCUUUUAUUGGAAUUCAUCUGAACGGUGUCAAUAAAAUAACAACAACGCAAUACAGCGAUUUUGGUGGAUCGAAAUCUUUUGAUAUUUCGGAAGAUUUGUUGCUAAACUUGGCUCCCGUAAAUUUCACGAUUGAAUUAAAUUUACCACAGAAGACCGCCGGAGUUACUUUUCAAAUUACGAUUACAGUAAAAGAUUCUACUCCUGCUGUUACGGGUCAAACAUUCACUGUUGCUCAAGACGUGGGUACACUACUUGACUGGGGUUCAAUUCAAGGAAACUCGAGUGUGAUUCAGACUUUUGACAACCAAAAUCCACAGGCAAACAGCUACAGUAUCAAUUUGGCUCUUUUUACCGAGGGCGUUCUCGUCUAUAAUCUUUUGUCAAAUUUUUUCAUUUAUGAUGGAGGAGUGUAUAAGGGACAUUUAUUAGACGUGUUGGUGGCUCAAAACAUGUUUCAAAGUUGCACAGGGUCUCAAUUUGCUAUUGUGAAUAGCAAUUACGGGUCCAUCGGUAUUUUUACAAUUUCGAUUUCUCAGGUCAAGGAUUGGAGUGCAAGUCAAAUUAUCAUUGUUCCAAGUGUUUAUGUUAACAACACUUCAACAUACACAGCUACUAAUGGGCUCACAGUUUUUUACGACAUUGCAAACCCUCUUUUAAAUACCGUUGGGACUACAUAUCGGAACAUCUCUUUUAGAGGAGAUGGGGAGGUCACGAUUUAUGCAGGAUGUGUUACUGGUGAAGAGGAAGAUAAGAAGAUUGCCACAAUUUCACCUUCAAACUCAGUGAAUUACGAGGAUAUCCUUAUUUAUGGAACAUGCAAGACAUAUGUUUUAACAAGAGGAGUACUUCAGUGGUCAACUGUGCAAUAUCAAACUGGAAAUUAUCGUCAUAGAAUUGGUAGGAAAGGAGUUAUAAUGAGCAACACGUAUCCCUACCGAAGUACGCAAAAUGUGCGCUUUGCCAACCAUUUGAUUCAGGCUCCAAAAGACGAUUUCAAAGAAAACAUUAUUGUAACCUAUGAAGUUGUGCAUAUAGGGGCUAAUGUGAAACUAAAUAUUGAUCAAGACAUCAAAGCAAAUCAAGAUGUUAAUAAAACCUUGAGCUCGUCCGACACAGGAACUACAUUUACAUCUGUUUCAACAUAUCAACAAUACAUAACAUACUCAAUUCCUUCAGGCUCUGAAGGAUUUUUGGUGCGAUAUACUGUAACAAGCUCGGGAAACAUAAGUACAUUUUUUGGAGCUAUCUUUUUAUGUUGCGCUUUUCUUUUGUCUCUUUGAAUGAGUUUUGAAAUGAAUUGUCUUGUAUAUUUUAUGAAUCAAGAGAAAUAAUCUUAAACAACUAAAA